UUUUAUUUUUGACGUUAUUUUUUGUGGUUAUGGCUGAUACUGGGGCAGGAUCAGCGGAGAGAUCAAGUUAUGGGAUUUGAAAGGAUUCAAAACCGAUCCUGAAUUGGCCCUCUUCCUCCUAGAGAGGUAUGUAAUAUGUCUGCUUUAUUUGACUGUACGGUCCAUGGAGGUAUAGGUCACAGUGGACAUCACUGUAAUACAGCUGGCUCACAACGUAACAUUUUAUGUUGGCCUUGCUACCGAGCUGUAUCUCGCUGCUGGCUUAUUAUUCUGAAGACAUAACAUUACUAGGGAAUGUUGAUAACUUUAGCUUUCUCACCAAAAUUACCAUUACCGAGCAACCGAAUCCGCUUCCAAAACAAAUGCACGUGCUAGGCUAGCCAGAUCAAGAUCUUUAUGACACGAGGCGCGGGAAACACUACCGCUUUUGUCCACAGGGGCCGCAAGAAUCAACACAAAAUGAAAGAUCCUUGUAGUUGCUUUAAUUAGACUUUCUUAUUUCAGAUUUUUCCCACAACCUCAUGUCACAAUCAUUGCCUGUGAAACUGUAAUACCUCUUUCGUCUGCGUUAUAGAUCAAUCUAGUACUGCAACACUCCAAUCAUUUGCUUCCAUCUGCUGUUGGCUAAAAGACGUGCAUGCAGAGGGAGAAUCAGAAGUUAUCCAGAAGUUAAAAAAUUUUAAUCAUAGAGAACAUUCUACAUGAUGGUAUUGGAGGUAUAUAUAGUCAUCAGCUCCUACAUUUUCUUAUGUUAUUUUGUUCAAUCACAUGUGAGUAAAGCUGAGCUGCACUUUGUUUUCAUAGAUUGCAUAAUGGUUGCUGAUGUGCAUUAUCAAGAAUUUCCUACGUACUUUUUCUUGAAUUCACACAUUUUUCCUUUAAAUUGAAUCAAAUUACUAUGACUAUUACUAUUACCCUUAUCAUUGGUAGCCCAGUCAGUGCUGGUCACAUCUUAAGCAGUUCUCUUCCCAGAGAGAUAAUGUCUAGUACAGUGGUUCCCAACAUGGGGGUCGGGACAUUUGCCUUCGCUAUGCAAAAUGUCGUAAUUUUUUUUUACAUCCCUCCAAGCUUUUCUGUUUGUCAUACAAAUCACUGGAUACGCUUAACUCUUAAGGCCUAUGGAAAUAACUCAGUUACUUUUUGGUUGACUUGGUUCCAAGCUACAGACAUACAUUAUGUAACCAUUGACGAUGGGUUGCAAGUAGACAUUGUCUCAAUUUAAGGGGUCACAAGACUUGGGAAGCACAAGUCUAUUAAAUCCUAAAGGGUGUAAAGGCCUUUUGUGCCUCUAUCGUUUUUCGAUCCUGUGCCUCAGGACCAAGCGCCCUGCCGUUUUUCAAUAUUCCAGUCUGCCAAUCAAGAAACUCGCUGACAAGCCCAGCAGGUAUCAUCAGACCUGAGAAACACUUCAGAAUAUAUCACACAAGACCAACAGAUAAACAGCUAGAGAGUCAUUCCACUGACUCUAUGAGACACUAUAUUAGAUGUUUUACCUCAGAGUGAUUGUAUAAUGCUUUAUGGUCACAUCGUUUUCUUAACAAGCUACAAUAAACCUUUCUCAGGUACUAAAGUUCAAUACACUGUAUUUCCACACCUGUAAACAUUGAGCGCACGUUUGGCUCCCCCAUGUGGAGCUGGUCGGUAAUUGCACCCUGGUCCGUCGCAGCAAUAUUACGCAGGGUGUGACACAUCAUCAACACCAGACGCACUACCAUAAGACACCAACAGCAAUAAUGCUUUUCUACUCGUUUUUCAAGUCGCUGGUGGGAAAGGAUGUGGUGGUGGAGCUCAAAAACGACUUGAGCAUCUGUGGGACACUUCAUUCUGUAGACCAGUACCUGAACAUUAAGCUCACAGAUAUCAGCGUCACUGAUCCAGAGAAAUAUCCACACAUGCUCUCCGUGAAGAACUGUUUCAUCCGUGGAUCUGUGGUCCGGUACGUUCAACUACCUGCAGAUGAAGUGGACACUCAGCUCCUGCAAGACGCUGCGCGAAAAGAAGCAAUGCAGCAGAAGCAGUGAUGGACCUGCAGGAUGGGCUCUGGUCUGGGGCGGGUGGUGGGGGGGGAUUUUUGUGACAGUGAAUAAUGAGUAGGUUUAAGUUUUGAGUUCUGAGUUAAGUUCAUUUAAAGGUGAUACAGUUUGUGCAGCUCUUGUAAUUAAGCAGUAUUGGUCAUUUUCUUGUACUUUCACAGAGAAUUUAAUUGCAUUCCUGAAAUUAGUGAUCAAUAAUUUGCAAAACAGUAAUUAUUGGAAAUGAUCUUCACCUCAGAGGCCGUAUAGGAGGCCACGUUUGAUACUGUCUUUGUUUUGUUUAAAAGAAAUAGAACGGAAUACAAUUUGGAGCAUAGUACAAGCACUGUUGCUUAUCUUUAAACAUUAUAACUUUUGGAUUUUUUUAUGCCACUUCAAAAUAAACUAUUUUAUUUACA